AUCAGAACAUUAAAAAUAAUCUUGACCUUGUUGUUUGCUCAAAAUAUUCAUUAUGGAUUGGAAGGAAACUGUGACGUCAGUGUCUGAUAAAGUGUUUCCAGGCCUUUCGCGUAAAAUCGAUAAUGUUGUUUAUGGUAACGAAGUUAUGUCAAAUUUGCCGCUGCAGAUGUCGCUCUAUUUCAACGUGAUUUUCGCGCCAUUUUGGAUGGCCAUUCUUGUGCUUUAUUUAAGGAAUACAUAUCUCUGCUUUAGCGAACUGUACAAGUUUAUUAUCAUAACGGUCAUUUCGACAGUUUUCCUUUUGGAAAUGUUAAGACUCUAUUUAGGGUACAAGGGAAAUCUUGAGGAUAAAAUUCCUGAACUGGCGGGCUUUUGGAUGUUGUCCUUACUGCUCCAGUUUCCUCUACAAGGUCUUCUGUUAUUCAAUCCUAACUUCAAAUUGCAUGUUAUAGAAAUAAUAGUGCAAAGUAUCAUGUUCGUGAUGUUAUGCAUUCAGUUGGUGUCAAGCUAUUGUGCUUUGAAAUUUACGGCAGCGCAACAAGCAAUUUACUUUCGCAUUAUGAAAUUAAGAUCAGAUGUGACGCUUGCAGAUGUACAAGAACGCUACCGAGUGAAUAAAAAAUGAAUCUAUA